GGUGUGAGCAUUCCCAGUUGAAGUGUCGAACAAGGUAGACAAACGUUCAAACACACACAACAAUCAAACUUAAUCCAAGUCGUAUCUUGGCGCCCCCAGAAGCCGUUGUUUGUCGUCGUUGUUUCAAAAGUUUGCAACUCUCAGCUCUCAAGACCUUACAGCACCAACCAAAUUUUGUUUUCUUCUAUUUUUGUGAACGUUGUGUGAUAAAAUAUCACUAGUAAUCAGUAGUUGGCCGAAGCGUACGGAUUAUAGCUGUUGUUCCCUCCAUCCAUCUCGAAACCUGUGACAUCUUUUCAUCGGAGCCGAUACCUGACGACAGAUAUUAGUGGCAAUUAGUUGUUUGUAAAGAAGAAUUUUGGAUUUCAUUUAAAUUGUGUUUUUUUCUUUGUUUUUAAAAAACAAAAAAUAACACCAAUUAACAACAAACAUACCAAAAACAUCAUCAUUCAAAACAAAUCAAAACAGAAAACAAAAUGAGACAACACACAGUUUUAUUUGCCUGCCUAUGCAGUACUAUUGCCAUUGUAUCAGCCGUACCUCUGCCUGCCAGUAAUCAGGAACUGGAUGUGCUGCAAAUUCCACUUAGUAAUGGAAAGGAAUUAGAUGUACUCACAUUAGGAACUGCUGAAGAAUUAGCUGAAAGAAAUAAGAGAACGGUUGGAUUAUUGAGAGAUCUCUUCCCAGACAUCACAAAGCAAUCUGGUGACGGAGCGUCGUUUGAUUUAGAACUGUUAAAUAAGCAAUUGGAGGAGACAAUUCGUGUUGCACGUCAAGCUAAUGCAGCAGCAGCUGAAGGUGCUGGCGCCGAUGCAGAACAAAAGUUGACAUCUACCAAUGAAGUUCAAACGAGCAGCGUUAGCAAUGAUCAACAGACAGCUGAAUCAAAGUCACCAGCUAUUGAUGACCUUAGUUUGGACUCGAAUGAAGAUGCCGUCGAUAUUGAUGAUCGUAAUAAGAGAUUUUUGGCUUUUGGAGGACAAGCAAAUGUCGCUGGAGGUGAUCCUGGUAACAAGGGAAACUCCGGAAGUUUCUUGUUUGACAUCGUAAGAUUAUUUGGAGGAAGUGUACAAACACAAACUGGUGAUCAAGCAGCCAAUGCACCAAGCAGCAGUUCAGAUGACUCUACCGACAGCAAUGACACUGAGGGUUCAAGAACUGCCGAUGGCUACUCCGAAGGUAUUCCCGGACCUGUAACAAGAUUGGUUGUUCUUGCCAAUCGUGGUCUGGCCAAUCUUAUUCAAGACUUGAUUCUCCGCAUUGCUGCAACAAGCGAACGUUUAGUGAACUUCAAGGCACGACUUAUCACUGCUCUAAUUUAAGUCGGUAUUAUGAAAUUGUCUGGCGUUUUUAAAACCAAACUGAUAAACGGCAUAUGUCCUAUCGUGCCAAUUCUAAUUUUUAAAAAUUCAGAAAUAUGAUAAAAAAAACUCUACAACGAAAAACGUUUAUACAUUCUUUAAUAUAUAAAUACUCGGAAAUACUUUAAAAAAACAAAAUCAAAAAAAAAAACUAAUUUAUUUAUAACAAAUUCGUUGUUUAGCUAUACAUAUUAUUCUUUAUAUCUUUUCUUCCUCUUGCUUAACCUAAAACUCUUCAUUAAAAAAUGUACCACUUUUGAGAUUAAAUAUGGCAAAAUUGAUAAACUAUCUCAACUUAUAAAAGCUUUAGACUUAAUCCAGCUUAAUACUCAUUUUAUAUAACAUCUUCAACUUUUCUUCUUCUUCACCUCUUUUUCUACAGUAUCUACAAACAAUUGUAAAUAUUUUUUAAUGACUGUGGUGUAUUUCUUUUAUUUGUUGUUUUAUUUUUUAAUAAUAUAUUUUUAUAUUUAAACUUAUUGAGGCUGGUUUAAGACCCCUGUAUUUUUUUCCCUUCUCAAUAAUCUCUGAUGGUAGUCAAAGUCACUAAAAAAAAAUUAUAAAUAUGUAUAAAAAAAAGAAAAUUGUUUUUUGUUAUUAAAAUAAAAAUAAAAAUAAAAAUACUUGUUAGAAAGAGACAGAGAGAGCUGAUCCUUGCUUAUUUCGUCGGAGAGGUCUGUUACCUACAUUAUUAUAUGUAAAUGUUUAUAAUAUUAUUUCUUUAUUAUUUUUUUGUUUGUUUUAUUUUAAUGGAGCAUUAAGUUAAAUGAUAAACAUAAAAACAAAAAACAAAAAAUUUAAAAAAAUGGAAAAAUGUGAAAUUAUUAUUUUAUACAUGUUUUAUAUAAAUAAUAUUUAAGUUUUAGUUUUUAACAAUGUGGAUUAAAAUACAAAAUUGUAUAUUAAUUUUAUACCAA